AUGAGCAAUUUUGAUGAAGAAAAUUAAGAAAAUCUAAAUGAAUUAGAAUUGCCUAUUAAUAGAUAAAUUUUGUCAUUUUUAUAAUUAGGAAUUGAACAAUUCAAUUUAAUUUUGGAUAAUAUUCCUUUAAUAAGAAAUGAUACUUUCUUUGAAGAAGAAGAUAACUCAAGACUUUUCCCUUUGACAAGACUUUAAUUAGGAAGGGAUAGACUAUCCCCAAGGUAUAUUUGAGUUCAAGAUUUAGAGAAUAAGCUCAAAAUAUUUAGAAAUACCUUCAAAAGCGUACCAUCCCAAUAUAAAACUAUAAAUUUGAUCCAAGACAUCCUCAUAUCAAAGUAACUUAACUUCGUAAUAUAAACAAAAAUCAUCAAUAUUUUAUUAAUGAGUUUGGGUAUAUUAAAUUUCAUCAUUAUUAUAGACUAAUAGAUUCACAAAAAAAUACUAAUUCUAUAGACAUUUUAAUUGGCCGAUAAUAUCGAUAAAAUAAGGAUAUCAUUCCUAAUGAUAUAAGUAAGUAUAAAAUAUUAAUACUAAAAUAGUUUUACCUGAAGAUAGAGUCAUAUCUCGACUUCAUUGUAAAAUUGUCUGCAAUGAUUAUUUCAGAAAAGAUUAAAUACUAGAUCCAUAAUAUGCAAAAAUCUUAAAAGUAAUUAAUCUUCCAUCUUCCAUAAAGUUUAGAAUUAGCUAAUUUUUAGAGUAGAAUAUAUUACUAUCAUAAAUAGAUAACCUAAAAUCGUUUAAAUAUAAGACCUUGGUAGUAUUUGUGGCACAUACUUAAGAAUCUUUAGAUAAAAACCAUUUUUAUUAAAUUAAGAUCAAAAAUUUAGUAUUGGAAGUGAUACUUGCUUUAAUAUUAUUUUCAAUCAUAGAUUGAAUCUUAAAUUAAAAUAAAUAGAUGAAUAAUGGUAUAGUAUAAUCAAACAUUUAUCUACUUUGAAAUAACCUUAAAAACACGAAGUUCAUGUGAGUGAUGAUUAACUUUUCCCCAGUAUUGAAGAACCUCUUGAAUCAAUAAAGAAUCUCUAGAUUGAUGAACUUUAUAAAAAGUUAAGUGAAUACUAAAUACCUAUACUAAUUGUUAAAUUCUUGGGUUAAGGAGUAUUCUUUAAUAGGUCCAUUAACUUAUUUUUAGGGAGCAUUUAGACAGAUACUAUGGAUUUUUUUGUAGGAAGAGGAGGUGAAAAUGACAUAAAGAUCAAUUCAAAUACAAUAUCAAGAAAAUAAUGUCGUAUAAAGUAUUCUCAAAAGUAAGGGUAUAAUUUUAAGUAGAUUUUCAGCAUGGAUAAUAAAUGAUGGAUUGUUUGAUAGAGAUUCUGCUAAUGGUACUUGGAUUAGUUUAUAAACUGCUGAAUAAUCAGAAUAGAAAAUUGAAUCAAAUUUGAUCGAAAUUCAUCAUAAUGAUGAAAUAAAGAUAAGUGAUUUUAUUUUAAAACUGGAAUUAUUUAAAGGAACAAAAGAAGGGAUUGGACAUAUAAUAAAUAAAUUUCUUCAUGAUUGA